CAGCUACAACUAAUACUGAAAGUCGGUCGCACCCAGAAAAAUCCCCUAAGCAAAAUACCUAAGCAUCGUCAGAAAAAAAAUUAUUACGCAGCUACAAAGGGAACUAGAGCUGGUACAUGAAUUUCAUGUCAAAGAAUUAAGGUGUUAAAGCCUUCGAAACUCAAAAUCUAACAAUUUGAUCGAUUCUUUCUUUACCAGUCCUUCAUUAAAAAAGCACAACCAUUGUUUACAUCUGAGAACGUUUCAGAUUAUGUGGUGGAGAAUAUAAUAUCAUAUCGAUGUCUGGCUAACAGUUUGAAAAGUUUCGUCUUUCUCAAUUGCAGUGCAACAUAACCUUCAUAUAUCAUUAUCAGAAGACAUUUGCAGUAAAGAACUUUUUUAAUUCAGAUACUUCAACAAUAUUUAUCAUCUUUUAAAGAACAGAUAUAACUUUAUUCAUAUAAAUCUAUGGUAGAAUUACUGUGAAAUAUUUUCUGAAAAGCUAAGUAAUAGCAAAAUUUCAGUAUUUCAUUAUCUGAAAUAUGUACAAGCUGGUUUUGCAUUCUAAUUAAUCUUGAACAAAUUUGCAAAAGAGUGUGCAACCUCUUCAGAUAUUAGAAAAGAUAACAAUUCAUAGAAAUAUAGAAGAAAUAAUUAUUAAGAAUAAAAUACAAAACAAAAAAAAUGUCUAUUAACUGUGAUGAGAGAGGAAACAUUAUGGAAAAUGAAUUAUGUGAUAUCAGUGUUAACUGUAAAAGGAUUGGUUUUCAUGAUGAAGUGCUGAAAGAGAUUAGAAAGCCAUCAUACCACUGUAAUAUUUGUGGUAAAUCUUUCUCUGAAAGUAGUGUGUUAACUAGACACAAGCGCAUUCAUACUGGAGAGAGGCCCUAUCACUGUGAUAUCUGUGGUAAAUCAUUCUCUCAAAAAUGCCACUUAACUAAUCACAAAUAUAUUCACACAGGAGAGAAGCCAUAUCACUGUGAUAUCUGUGGUAAAUUAUUCUCUGAUAGAAGUACCUUGAUCAACCAUAAACGCAUUCAUACAGGAGACAAACCAUAUAACUGUGAUAUUUGUGGUAUUUCUUUCUCUCAGAUUGGCAACUUAACUAGACACAAGUAUAUUCAUAUAGGAGAGAAACUAUAUCACUGUGAUAUCUGUGGUAAAUCAUUCAAGCAAAAAAGUUGUUUGACUACACAUAAACGUAUUCAUACUGAUUGAAGACAUGUGACUGAUAUCUGUGGUAAGUCAUUUUCUCAGAAAAAGAAGUCCCCUAACUAUACAUAUAUGUAUGAAAACAGGAGAAUACCACUGUCGAAAAUCACCCCUUGAAAAAAUAUUUUUUACAUAACCAUAAAUGUAAAUACAAAAGGAAGAACAUUUAACAGUGUAAUAAUAACUUUCCAUAACUAUAUUUUUACAUCAUUUACAUUCAUCGCUUAUCAUUGUGAUAUUUUUAAUUAAAGCAUUUUUCAAAAUAAUCUAUAUUUUACUUAAAACAUUUCCAGAAGGGGAAGAAAUAAUAUUGAUUUAUUUGACAUUGUAAGUAGUUGAGAAAUGUAUUUUCAUAUAUCAGAUUUAAGAUCACUGUACAAUUAUUAUAUUAUGAAUAAAUACACAAACCUUAAAAUGUAUUUCAGCAUACCAUAAUAGGAUAUAUGAAUGAGAUCUUAUAUAUAUUCAUAUAUAAAACCAUAAAUUCAGAAGAUAUGAGAGGUGAAUAUAUAUUUAUUUACCCAUGUGAUUUCCAUUGGCUUAUGGUUGUUUCACAACCUUCUUCAUGUAGUAUUGAUUUCAGUGUGAAAGGAAGUAUGCAUACAUGUUUGCUUUAAUAUGUAUGUCCAACAUUAUACAAUACAAUUGUAUAUUCACAAACUAGUGCAAAUAAAAAAAGCUAGCUCAUCAGGUCACUGGAAUAAUGGUUGCACCAACCAACUAUUCAACUCUAAAUAUGCACAAAAUUUUUUCAUAUAUAUAUAUAAUAUAAAUAAUAUAUAAAUAUAUAUGCAUACAUAUGUAUAUACACAUGCAUAUAUGGGUACAGGACACCACAGAAUAUAAACAACAUGAAAUACGAAAACAUGGAAUAUGAACUUUUUAUGUGAACAACAGAAGAAACAAAUGGAAAACAAGACAAGCAACAUAAAAAAAUGACCCAUCAUCAGUUGUUGGCUGUUUUUCUACUUCGUAUUUCAAGCAAUUCACGACAAGAUACGUUUUCGACAAAACAGUUGCGCUUGCAAAGCAAAUUAAAUAAAAUUUGGGAUUUUGCAGAGAGUCAAAGUUAGUAACAAAAACAGGACAGUGAAAACAAACAGAAAGGGCUGUUAAGCCAGAACAAGGUGAGUUGAUGAACGCGGGGGAACAAGCUCUGACAGGAGAUAGACAAGAAUGCAUCUUAUCCCUGUGGCUGAUCAGAAAGAAAGAAAUUCAAGUUAGGAAAAGAAAGAUGGCGAAUUGUUAUGUGCAAGCAACGAGAGAACAAAGGCAGAAGAGUGAAGGAGGGAGAGAGAGGGACAGACAGAGAACAACAAAGGGGAGAGGAAAAGAAUUAGAGAAAGGAUGAGAGAGAAAAAAAAACGAAAAGAGGAGGAGGAGAAUUAGAAAAAGGAAGAUAUAUAUAUAUAUAAAUGGAUCAAUCUGUGUGUUUUCUAUGUAUAUUUAUGUGUGUAUGUAUAUAUGUGCUUCUAUGUAUGCAUGUGUAUGGUUUUUGUUUGACUCCAGUUCACUGUGCUGGAAAGUAUGUUUGAGGUGUAGUUAGAAUGUGUAAAAUUCAUGAAGGUUCAAAUGCCUUCUGUGAGGUUUUGUGACUUUGUUAACCCUGUAUUGAAAUUUACUUUUGUUGAAUACCAUUUCUUGGUUUUACUUGACCUGCCAUUCAUCCACAAUUUCUGUGGAAUCUUUAAAUUUCCAGCUGUUUUGUUCCCCACUUACUCAUCUACAUAAUUGAUCUAAAAAAUUCAUUUAUAUUAUUAGUUUUUUUAUAUUCUUUUUAUGUUAUUUAUUUUUACUUCCUCUUUUCUUUUUUGUUAACAUUAAGCAUAGUCAAUUCCUUAAAUUUCCAUCUAGUGCUUUAACUUAAUUGAUAUGAAAGGAUAUAUCUUUACUUUUACUGACCAAAUUAAUCUUUGUCCAGUUUCAGCCUUCCAUUGUGUAUAUAAAGAGGAAAUUUUGUGUGUAUAUUUAGAGUUGAAUUGUUGGUGUAAACAUGAUGUUCCAGUGAUCCAAUGAGCUAGCUCUCUUUAUUUGCAAUAAUUUAUAAAUAUGCGAUUGUAUUAUAUAAUGCUGAGCAUACUUAUUAAUGCAAACAUGUACACUAAUUUCUUCCACACUUAAAUUAAUACUACAUAAAGAUGGUUGUGAAACAGCCAUAACCCUUUGGAAGUCACAUGGUUAAAUAAAUAUAUAUAUUCACCUCUCAUAUCUCCUGACUUUAUAACUUUAUUUUCUCUUCAUGAAAUAAUUUCAUCAAGCAGAUCUUCUGAAUUUUCAUUUACAUAGACACUACAUUAUAUUUCUUUCUAAUCGAUUGCUAUGUAGACUGAUAGCUGAGUCCAUAACAGGAGCUUUCUGUGAUAGCUGCACAAUUCUCUGAAUCCACAUCUUAUAUUAUUCAUGUGUAUAUAUGUGUGUGGAAAGCAGACACUAAAUGAUAUAAUGAAAUUUUCAUGUUUGUUUAGAUUCUUUCAUAUAUAUCUCAUGUAUAUUAUGAUUUAAACUUUGUUUUCAAUCAAUGGGAGUAUUCUGUUACUUUUUUAUUUUUUGUACACUCCCUUCAUGACUUGUGAAUAUUCUUAAUUAUCUGAAAUUUAAAUAAAGCUUGUUUUGUCUUAAA